AUUUUUUUCUGCAGAUAUUUUCCCUGAAUUCUGCAGAAUUUUGGGAUUCUGCAGAAUUGUUAUAACACAUCGACAACGACGAUGGCGGUGCCGAUCAUGGACGAGAUGCUGAUUCAAUCAUUCGAUGGAGCUAGUACCGGUAGUAGAGUCCUGGUAGCGUGUGGGCACUUCGGCUCCGUCCUUGGAUGAUCUUCAUUGACACGGCAAAGCAAUCAUGGACGAGGCAAUGAAGAAGAAUGAAAUGACGACGGGAAUAUCAUACUAUCUUCUAUUUAGCAGCAACCAAAAUUCUACUACUAGUCGAGAAAGAAACGAGGAGGAAGAGAACCAACCGUUGGCAUUUUGGGGAGAGGACGAAUGGACCCCCCAAGAAGAGGCAGAGGCUGAAACCGUCCUUCAACAGUCACGGGAACGAUGUAGCAUUCGUAGCAAUGGCGUGUCCAAAAGGCCGAAUGAUGUAGAGGACGAACAAGCCUGGAACAGAUUCUACAGCCAACACCAGACCAACUUUUUCAAAGAUCGCCAUUAUCUACACAAGGCGUUUCCGCACGAGUUUUCUUCCACAGCAGAAGGUUCGUCAUCAACGAAACGAACUCUGGUGGAAAUAGGCUGUGGCGUGGGAAAUGCCCUGCUGCCUCUUCUGGAAAGCAAUAAUGACACUGCUACAACAACAACAACAACACACAACAGCAAGGAUGUCGAAUGGACCGUUUAUGGAUUGGACUUGAGCAAAGUCGCCAUUGACUGGCUCCAACAAGACGAACGAUUCAUCCAGGCUGCCAAACAAGGCCGAGCGCAUGCAUUUGUCUGCGAUAUUUCUGCCAGUUCCCUCCCCAACACCAGCUUGCUACCAGUUGGAGUCGCCAAUGUUAGCACAUUGCUGUUUUGUUUGUCCGCCAUUUGUCCGGGAGAACGCAUGAUUCAGGCCGUGCGCAAUGUGGCCAGCACCCUCCAACCCAACCAAGGUGUUUUGGUGUUUCGGGACUAUGGUCGCUACGACGAAGCACAAAUGAAACUGGGGACCAGCCGCAACAAGGGACUGGAAGAGGAGAAUUUCUAUCGGAAACACGAUGGUACAAAAUGCUACUAUUUUACAUUAGAAGACGUGCGAGACUUGUUUGAGACUCAAGCAGGUCUUGCGAUCUUGGAACUAAAGUACUUGCGACGAGUGUAUCAGAAUCGAUCGACCAACGAGGUUCGUCGGAGAGUGUGGGUUCAAGGAAGGUUCCGGAAAGUCGAAGAGUGAUUUGAUUCAUUCAUUCGAUACCAGUAGUAGGGACUCAUGGCUCAUCGUUGUGAUGAUCCAAUGGUUUUCUGUUUCGGGGAGCUUGUGUUCGAUGCUAUGUAUGUUGCACAGAACAACAAACAGGGACUUUAGAGAACACUGCUCGGACAGGAGAGCGAUCAGUGACGUGGAAAAUUGCUGGAAUAUUUCGUUGGGGAUAUUGCUCAGUCGUUCUUCACUCUGGCAACCAACCUCCUCUAUCCAUAAUUCUUGAACACUGCUUUGUCCUUCCAAUCUUCUAUCCAACCUUCCUCGCCUGGUUCAAAUUUUGGUUGAGGGUCAUCAAACCACGGGGCUCUCAGUGCUUUGAGUUUUGCCUCGUCAACAGAGUUGUCAGAUGCUCCAACAACAGAGUAGCGGUAUGCUUGGUAGUACUUCCUGCCCUGUUCAUCUUCCACUAUUUCCCUGACUCUGUUGGCAUCCUUGAGCAUUUGCUGGCGCUUGUGUUUGAGGAAAAGACGACCCCAUCCUUCCUCAAAGGUGGCAUUCUGGAAUUGGGGACUUGCAAUGUAGCUCUCAAUGGCAUCCAAAAUUUCCUGCCGACUGGUGACGCUUGCCAAGUUGUGCACGAAUACAACUGGCAUGCCCUCAAAGAGACGGUGACUUAGGAUAUCCUGGUCCUCCACAACUGGGAUGACACCCAGCAAAAACAUCUCAUAGGUUCUGUAGCAGUCAAACCCCAUUCCUGGAGGACUAACACCAAAGCGAAAUUGGCUCAUUUCCUUGUAAAUGUCAUGAGUUUUGAUUUUUUC